GAGCAGGCGCUGCUUCCCUGCGAGGCUCCGGCCGCGCCCUCAGCCGCGCUGCGGGGGGACCCGGGCGGGCCGGGGAGAGGGAGCGGCGCACACUGGGCUCGGGAGGCGGCUGCGGGGAGCGGCGCGGGGUCGCCGCGCUGGCGGGAGCGCAGCCCCGUCCCGGCCGCCGCGGGAGGCCGGAGGGAGGCGGGGGCCCCACGAGGAAGGCAAGAAUAAAUGGAUGUAUAUGACUUUUCCCCUGACCUAAAGCGGUUCCAUGUCUUGUUUGGACUGUUCCUGUAUUCUGCGUACGCCAGUUGAAUCAAUCAGACCAGAAGAGCUAUCUCAGAGCGGCACCCAUGAAUGCCUGGCUGAUUCUGAUCUAGCCUGGAUUCCCCCAUCUACAGGAAGGAAUGAAAUGGUAUUUUGCUCUUCUAAUGUCUCUCAUUAUGAACUCCAGCUGGAAAUAGGAAGGAGGUUCAACAAUUUAACUUCAGUCUACCUUGCACGGCAUACACCUACAGACAUGCAAGUUGCCGUAAGGAUCACAGACCUAGAAAAUUGCUCUGAAGAGCAUUUGAAAGCCUUACAGAAUGAGGUGGUUUUAUCCCACUUUUUCCAGCAUCCCAACAUAAUGACGUUUUGGACAGUGUUUACAGCUGGUAGCUGGCUUUGGGUCAUCUCCCCAUUCAUGGCCUAUGGUUCAGCUAGACGCCUGCUGAAGACUUACUUUCCUGAAGGAAUGAGUGAAGCUUUGAUAGGGAACAUUCUACUUGGUGCAAUCAGAGGAUUAAAUUACAUGCACCAGAAUGGAUAUAUUCACAGGAAUAUUAAAGCUAGCCACAUUUUGAUUUCAGAGGAUGGGCUGGUUUCUCUCUCUGGUCUAAACAACCUCUACAGUUUAGUUAACAAUGGACAAAAGUCUAAGGUGGUAUAUGAUUUCCCCCAGUUUAGUACAUCCGUGCUUCCUUGGCUGAGUCCUGAACUACUGAGACAGGAUUUGUCUGGGUAUAAUAUGAAGUCUGACAUUUACAGUGUGGGAAUUACAGCAUGUGAAUUAGCCAAUGGACAUGUUCCAUUUCAGGAUAUGCCCCGUACUCAGAUGCUGCUGCAAAAGCUGAAAGGUCCCACAUACUAUCCUUGGGAUAUAAAUACCUUUCCCCGGGGGGAAUCCAGGAUGAAGAAUUCCCGAUCGGGGGUCGAUUCUGGAAUUGGUGAGAGCAUGACACGCACAAUGACCAGUGAAAGACUACAGAUUCCCUUUUCCAAAACAUUUUCACCUGCUUUCCACAACUUGGUAGAACUUUGCUUGCAACAGGACCCUGAGAAAAGGCCUUCAGCAAGCAGUUUGCUUUCGCAUACGUUCUUCAAACAGAUAAAAGAACAAACACAGAAUUCACUACUGUCUCUAUUGCCACCUCCUAUUCAAAAUAACAGAUCAGAGUUCUUGGCACUGCCCUCAACAGCAGUUGGGACUGGACUUGGACAUAUUACUGCAAAUCAAGAUGAUACAGACUGGGAAUUCUAAAUAAAUACCAAACAAUCAUACCUCUCCUGUGCUUCAGAGAAGGAAAAUGUGAUUUGUAUUUGCUGCUUUAGUUUGUAUGGUUAAAACAGACAAGGUAUACUUGAACAUGCCCUGAAGUGGCCAUAUUUCAUUAACUUCCUCUGUUGGCAUCACGAAGUGCAGUGUGCCUCACUCUCUGACUGAAAGGAAAACUGUAUAUAGAGAAUGGCUGAAUGCUUACCUCUCUCUUUCAAAGUACUUCUUAACAAGAGAGUUCCUGCUGUAAUCUUACUAUGUACUGUAUUUUCAGCUCAUAUUGCUGCAGUCCACUUGUCUUUCUGCAUCCAGACUUGGGUAUUGUCUGUGAUCUUACUUAAACAAUCUAUUUGUCUUUUCAUUAUGACUUAAAUCAUUUUAGCGAGGAGAAAAUCUCCACUUCCAAGUUGAAAUUUGAGAGUGCACAAAUUAGUUGAUUAUGUGAAUAAAUGUUUGUCUCCUAAAAUACAUUUUUUCUUACUUGACAUGCUGUCAUAUUUGCCAAAAGUUAGCUAUGCAUCAUUUGUCAUGCAGUUCUAAUACUGCAUGUUUCCCAAAGAAGUUAAGCUGCCUGGAAGUGUGACUCAUGUUCUUGCAUUUGUCUAUAUUCAUAGUACAAAUUUGUGCUUUUGCAUCUCCAUUUAUUGUCGUGUCAUUUUAGCAGUUAAUCUGAGGACUUCUUACUAUGCAAAGUAAGUCUCAAGUUAUAGCAGGUACGGGUUAAUUUUGAAGAAUCAAAUAAUCUAAAGUUACUGUACAUAUUUUUAUUUAUGCUGUAUUCCUGUUCACCACCAGAAUUUACCAGAACUUAAUACUGUUGUCUUAAAAGAACAGGCAAUAUGCAUUAAGCUUCACUGGCACUGCUGCUGGCAAACAAGCCUCUUCUGCAAGGCACAGUUAAAUUCCCUUGGAUAGAUUCAGCCAUAAUAAGCACCUAAUACCCCCAAGGAUCCUAGUGAAUUUAUCUGUUCUAAGUCAAAUGAAAAGCUGUUUUUUUUCUCCCUACAAUUCAGUAAGUUCUCAUCUCUCACACUGUACCAGGCAACUCAAACUGAACAAAAGCAGCUUUCUUUUUUUUAAAAAAGCUGCAUAUUCUCAUCAUGUUGUAGCAAAAGUCGUGUCCCAAAGCCACUAGUAUUUUAUUGAUGGAAGUUAUGACUGUAGUAAAAAAAGCAUAAAUAGAUAUCGAAUGGAUAUAUUUUAAAUUUUCAACGUAAACAACAUUCCACAUUAAGUCUCCAAGUCUUCCAUAGCUGAGUUGGUCUGUACCACGGAUUUGCCAGCAGCUUUGCCUCAAGGCCUUGAAGGCGAAAUGACGAAUAUGCAAAACUGAGACAUAACAUUCUAAUUGACUACAUGAAAGUAUUAACAAAGAACUUGAGUCUAUUCAUUAUGCUGUGAAGAGAGCUCUAUAUUUCUAAAACUAACACGUGAAACUUAAGAUUAAAAACCUGUCAAUAAACUUACCUUAUCUGCCUCCA